ACAAAGAGCAGAAUGAUCAGCUCCAGGAUUAAAGUGUUAAUUUGUAUCUUGGGAACGACCUUAAGGUACGGGUCAAAUGACAAAUGAAAUGGGUCGCAGGGAAACACGUUACUUACAGACUCUAAACUGUGAUUCAAUGGCCCAGCAGAACAUGAAAAUGCGCCCAGUGCUCCUGAAAAGGAACAGCCUGGACUCUGCAGACUUUCUGAGGCCCCCCCAGCACCGCAGGAGCAAAUCCCAGCAGGUCCGGUUCAAGGAGGAUGGAGUGAGCACCAAGGCAGAGCUGGAGGCUCAUCCCGCCCGAGACGCGCCUUUCCCGACCGGAAAACCAGAGAUAUUUAGGGAUCACGAGUUUUUGCUAACCCGCUCUCCAACUUUUCCAACAAGGGCUCAGAAGGGGCUUCGGAAUAUCGCCAUCCAAACAUCUCCCAGCCUCAGGAAACACUUCCCGGUUUUUAAGAAGAAGAAGCUGACAGGGAGUAAAUCCCUAACGGAGAUGCCGACGGAGCCCGCACAUCCCAUGCAGGUCAAUGGUAGCCUCUGUGAGCAGGACAUCAUGUCUGCAGAUCUCUGUUACCUGAGGAUAACGAACCACGGGGAGGAUGGAUGCAGGAGUGCUGAGGGGGACGGGCAGUUAAGUCAAAGAGCACCAAAAGCACAAAGCAACGGGCCCGUCUACUCCGAUGAUUCCUCAGCGUCAGAGAAGACAACUGCGUCCACACAGGUGCCUGAGUACAUACACGUGAGCUUUCCACAGGACAGGAAUGUUUCCAUGGAUGCAGCAGACACGGCCACGGAUCCGAGUCAUUCCCUGCACUCCUCUGCUGUCACCCACGGCACUGAAAGCAAUGAGAACAGCACACUGUCCUCUGAGCCUGAAAGAGCAGAGCCUUGCCUAGGCAACUCUGCCAACUGCAGGGAAUGUGAGCCCCAUCCUGCUGCUUGGGAAGUGGGGAAAAGCGAUUUGGAGCUGCCUGUAGCCAGCAGAGAUGCCAGCAGCAAGGAAACAGCUCCAUUGUCACCUCCAUCAAACCACAGCUCAUCUCCUUGUUCCCCCAGAGACUGUCACCAGGCAGGAGAGCACAAACCAGAUGCCAGCUGUGUGACCUCACCAGGUGAUCACACAGCCAGGGCAGCGACCAGCAGUGACAUCCCAAAACCUGCUCCGUCACGGGAGCCUGGAGUCCAGGAGAAUUCCAGCCAGGCAGAUGCUGCCCAGUGCAACAGCUGUUCAGAAGGGUUUCACACAAAGUCUCUUCCGCCAAGGAACGAAAUCAAACCGCAAACCAACCAAGAGAUUAGUGAAAUAAAUCAAAUUCACUUGGCACAUGGCGAACUCUGUGCCCUCCAAGGCAGGCUGCAGUCUGUGGAGGAAUCCUUGCAGUCCAACCAGGAGAAGAUUAAAGUCCUUUUGAAUGUAAUCCAAGACCUGGAAAAAUCCAGAGCGCUGAGUGAAGGGCGUAACUUCUACCACACUGGCCAAGACCUGAACAACUGCAGCACCUGCCAGAACACAGCCUGCAUCAUCUACAGUGUAGAAUAUGACUUCAGACAACAAGAAGGAAGAUUUCACCAGAUUUUGAAAACACUGGAUAAUGCAGAGCAAGAUCCAGCUUCAGCUUCACCUCAGAAGCCACCACCUGAUCCUCCAGCUGCAGAGAAAAAGGAGUUAAGGAGGAAAACAAAAAAGAUGAAAAGAAAAUGCUUCUGGUGGAUUUGACUUCCUUAUGCCUCCUUUUAUAUUUCAAGACACCAGAACAGAAAGAGCUCGGGAGCACAGGCCUGAAAUGUGCUAUUACAAAACCACAAAGGUAAAGAAUGUUUAAUUAGGGUAUCUGAAAAAUCAAAAUAAUUGAAUUUAGUUAAAUCAUCUCGCUGAAUAAAGGUGCAUGAAGAUACUAUUUUCAAAAGAGAAAUUGUUUCUUUCAAAAGGAAGCUCUCCCAUUUUUUUUCC